AUGGUUUUUAGAUUCCAUCUUAAAUUUGAAUGGAAUUAAAUAGAAAAUGCGUAUCAAUAAGAAUUGCAUUUCCAUUUAAAAUUAUUGUUUACUUUAUUUCUAUAUAGAAAAUUUUAUGAAUAUUAUUUAGUUAUUUUGAAGCCUGCAUCAUCUUAUACUUUUAAGAUAGUACUUUCAAUUUCAUUGCUAUAACAAAUAUUUUUGAUUUUGUCAAAUAUAUAUGCCAUGUUAAGUGUUUUAUAGCCUUCAUGGUUUUAAUACUACAAUUGA